AUGUUGAGGGACCGUAUCGUGUGCGGGAAACUACAAGAGCAGGGCGCAGCAGUACUCCACGUAGCUGCGCCACCGCUCGGGUCGAGCACGGAGUCUCCGCCCACGCCUGCUGUGUUGGACCGCUACUCCGACCUGUGCACGGAGGGCGUAGGACUCAUGAAAGGCCCACCGGUGCGCCUUCACAUCAAGCCUGAAGUGACGCCAAAGUUCUUCAAGGCAAAAAAGGGGAGGGGGGAGCGGUUCAGCAUUUUGGAUUUGCGCGACGCCUACAACCAGAUCCCGCUAGACAAAGAGUCUCGCAAAUUGGCCGUGAUAAACACCCACAAGGGCCUCUUUUGCUUCAACCGCCUCCCGUUUGGGAUUGCUUCGGCACCGGUGAUAUUUCAAAGGCGGAUUGAAUCAAUCCUACAGGGCUUGCCUGGGGUGCAAGCGUACCUAGAUGACGUGUUGAUAGCGGAAGAGGGUGACAGCCAAAACCGCAAUCUGAUGGCUGUGCUCGAGCGCUUCCGUGAACAUGGCAUUAAGCUUCGUGCUGAUAAGUGCCGCGUUAGCGAGCCCUCUGUUACAUAUCUAGGUCACCGUAUUGACGCGAACGGACUGCAUCGCAUGGAAAAGAACGUGGAUGCUAUCAGGCUAGCCCCCUCGCCACAGAACGUCUGCGAGCUACGCUCAUUUCUGGGCAUGGUAACCUUUUAUAACAAGUUUAUGCCCGACUUGUCUACCAUUCUAGCACCGUUGUACAAACUGCUGGAAAAGGGCGCUAAGUGGACGUGGAGCACCAAAGAAAAGAAAGCCUUUGUCCAGGUGAAAAAUGCGUUGUGCGCGGCACCCGUACUCACUCAUUUUGACCCGAACCGUGAGCUCUUCUUGGAGUGUGAUGCGUCCCCAUACGGAGUUGGCGCUGCACUUUUUCAUCACACUGAAGGCGAGAAGCGACCCGUAGGCUUUCGAUCGAGAACGCUGACAACUGCCGAAAGGAAGUACUCUCAGAUCGAGCGCGAGGCGCUAGCCUUGUUAUUUGGUGUUACUAGGUUUAGGGACUACCUGUUAAAGCGAGAGUUCACUCUGGUUACGGAUCACCAGCCGUUGCUGGGCCUGUUAAGGCACGACCGUCAGACCCCCGUCAUGGCGGCAGCCAGAAUACAAAGAUGGGUGCUACUACUUGGUGCAUACAAGUAUAAACUGCAGUACAAGCCGGGAAAAUUUAUGCUCAACGCGGAUGCAUUAAGCCGGUUACCCCAAUCUCUUGAACAGGAGCUGCAGGACGACGAGGAUGCGGCCGAGUACGUCCUGGUCGUGGACCAGUGGGACGAGCCGGCGGUGCCCAUGAAAGACCUUCAAGCCCUCACGCAGUCAGACGGCGUACUGUCAAGUGUGUGCAGGUACGUCAUCCAAGGUUGGCCACAACGCACUGCGGAGGAAGGCACAGAGAUGCGGGAGUAUCACAAAAGGCGGAACGAGCUGUCCGUGCAGCAUAACUUGCUUCACUGGGGUCAUCGUGUUGUGGUUCCGGCGGAAGCCAGGAAGAAGCUACUGAAGUUAUUACAUGGAGCUCAUCAAGGAGUUUCUGCAAUGAAGGCAGUUGCACGGUCAAAAUUUUGGUGGCCUGGCUCGGACCACGAUAUUGAGCGCUUAGCCGCUGUGUGUCAGCACUGCGUACAGGCGUUGCCCAUGCCACCCGCGCAAGCACCCAUUCGCUGGCCAGAGACGCAGGAAAGAUGGUCGCGACUGCAUGUCGACUUCGUGGGUCCGAUCCAAAACAAGAUACUUCUUGUCGUCGUGGACUUUCACAGUAAAUGGAGUGAGGCCAUUCCCCUGGCUCACGCGACCUCGCGCAACACAGUCGAUGCCCUGCGAACGCUGUUCAGUAGAUUCGGUCUGCCACACAGAGUAGUGUCUGAUAAUGGCACGCCAUUCACCGUAUGGGAGUUCAACGAGUUCGUGCAACAGAGCGGGGUAGUUCACGUGCGGGCAACCCCUACCAUCCACAGAGUAAUGGACUCGCCGAACGUGCGGUGCGAACCAUCAAAGACGGACUAA